AUGGCCAGAAAAUCGCGUAAAAAAAUUCAAGUUGUGACUGAAGAAAACCAGUCCUCAGAACAAAACCGUUCAGAAAGUCCUUUAAAUAGUCCACCCACAAGAACUAAUAAGCCAGUUACUCGUCUCAGUACAAGGCUUUCUUUGGGUAGAGCUGAUAAUAACAUUGAAACUAUUGAAGAAAAUUCCACUAGAAAGAACUUUCCAAAAAAGAAUACUCGAAAGAAUCAAACUGUAAAUGGUGAAACGUCUCACAUUUCGAAAAAAUUAAAAACAACGACCAACACUUUUGAGGAAGUUGAUGAAUCUAAGUUAAAUGAAACGGAUAUAGAUUAUAUCGUGCCAAGGUUUCCAUCAAUUCAAUCGAAAUUGAAAUCGAGAAAUCGAAAAGCGAGCCAAGACGACGUUCUAAACCAAGACAAUGUUUUAAGUCAAAAUAACAAUGAUCCGAACCAAGAAAAUAAUCAAAGCCAAAGUGAUGAAAACUUAUUAAAUAUUACUAAUGUUACUGAAAAGCUUGAAGAAACAAAUAGGAUCUUGGAACAAGUUAGAACUAAACAAAAAUUAAUAGAAUCUAAUUAUAACACGGAAAGUGCAAAACGUGAACAAUCUUUUAAGGAAUUUAAACAAUUUUCCGAAGAAAAUUUUCAAAAUUAUGAAAGGAGAUUUUCUCAAUUGCAAAAUAAUCAAAAACGAGAGGAGGAAAAUAAAUUUAAAACAAAACAAAUUUAUAAUCUUGAACAUGAUCUUCAGAAUGAAAAAGAAACAAGGCACAAUCUUGAAAAAGAUUUACAGAAAGAAAAGGAGAAAUCUAAAAAAUUAAUUAACCAAUUACAACAAUUGAAGCAAGAAAUGCCUCAAAUCGAAAAUUCGAUAAACUCUAUUGGUGAUUUAAAACAAACCAUAAAACGUCUAGAAUUUGAACUUAGACAAGAAAACGAAAAUAACAAAAAACUUAAACGAGAACUUGAUAAAAUUCCUACCCAAUUGGAUACUAAACAAUUGGAAAUAUUAUCACAAUUAAAUUUAUAUCAAGAUUUAUCAAAUCUAUUAAUCCAAAACGUGAAGAUCGUUUCACAGGUUGAAAAAAGUUUUACAUGCAUUCUAAAUGGAAGGAAUGGAUCUUUGGUAUUUAAACUUACAUUUAAUGGAGAUGAAUACCUUUAUGAACCUUGUAUCAAUCAAGAAAGAGAUGCCGAAUUAUUAAAAAUAUUACCAGAUUAUCUUCGGGAGGAAAUAUCAUUUAAAAAAGAUAACUCUGAUUUAUUCUUCUGGCGAGCUUUAAAUUUUCUUCAAAAACGCGAAUCCGAUUAA